AUGACAGCAGUGGGACAUGGGUGUGCAGCUGGUGCUUUUGCUGGUCAUUAUGCUUUCCAUCUUUUGAAGACAGUGGAGCAGGUUAUUACAGACACACUAAAGAUGAUUUGGACCUCUAGUCUUUCAUUUUACUGUAAAGGAGUAUUUUAGCAGAAAAUACAAGAAGCUAGUCUUAUUUUAAAUAUCAGUCCAUGUACUGGCAAGGCCAAAAUCAAAACAGGCCACAGAAAAACUAUUUUGAAUAAUUUUUAUAAAGGAAGAACACCUCACUUAGCAACAAAACUAAAUGAAGCAAAAGAUUGUCAGAAUCCAGUGACAAAACUGAAAUCCAAAGUGUUGGCUCACAGGAGAUUCAGCAGAUACAUUAUGCAGCAUCUUUCUUAUUUUCUUCUGCACAGUUCUUGA